GUGUCGAUCAUAUAGAUGAUGUAUCAAGGGUUUCGGUCGUGCCAUACACUCCUCUAUGGACAUGGUCGUGAGCCCUGCAUUCUUCAUGACUAUCUCUCUGACGGCAUGUGUGAAACUCGACCAUCUACCACCCUCCCAUUACCCUCCCAACCUAAAUGCCUCUUCCUCCUUCGUCGCCUGAGAUACCUCUCUCCAUAUAGUGCACUGCUUGCUUCGACCACGAGCAUAAUGCUUCCUGAUUGAGCCCGAGGGAGACCGAGCAAGUUCGAGAUGACCACCUCCGUUCUGUUGCUGACUAGCUUGU